GCACCUCUCCGCUCUAUCGCUCAGCGCGCUGUUUGUGUUAUUUUCUCCCUGAGGGUUCUGCCUUAUUUGUGACGUGUGUGAAGAGCAGCGAGCAGUUCAGAUGCACGAGCUCAUCAGAGAUCAUUCAGCGGGACGCAGAGCUCUGCUUCACAAGUGAAGUGACCCCCCCCAACCCCCCUGGUGCUAUAAAUCAAGAUGAAGGUGAUCUGUCUGCUUCCCAUUUGCAUUUUGAUCUUCUUUUCUGUGAGCCGAGCAGACAACUUUGAGGAGGCGUACAGCGACCUGGAACACUAUAGGACCAUAUACAUCUCAGAAAAUGGACCCCGAUUAUCCGUUGAUGCAGCACAACCAAAAGUGGUCUCUCAACGUGGAGGCAAUGCCACACUGCCAUGCAAGUUCAAAUGGGAUCCCUCAUCUGUCCAAAAUCCCAAAUUGAGGAUUAAAUGGACUAAACUGACUUCAGACUAUCUUAAGGAAAUUGAUGUGUUCGUAGCAAUGGGCUUCCACAAAAAGAGCUAUGGUCGCUUCCAUGGCCGCGUGUACUUGCAGGCUGCCAGCGAGAACGAUGCCUCGCUGGUCAUCACUGAGAUCACACUGGAGGAUUAUGGGAAAUACAAGUGUGAGGUCAUCGAUGGCUUGGAGGACGACACAGCAGUUGUGUCCCUUGACCUGCAAGGCAUUGUCUUUCCAUAUUUCCCUCGACUGGGCCGCUACAACCUGAACUUCCAUGACGCUGAGAAAGCUUGUAGAGAUCAGGAUGCCAUUGUGGCAUCUUUCGAGCAGCUCUACGAUGCCUGGAGAAAUGGGCUGGACUGGUGCAAUGCAGGGUGGCUCAGUGACGGAUCAGUUCAGUACCCAAUCACCAAACCCAGAGAGCCAUGUGGAGGCAAAAACACCAUCCCUGGUGUGAGGAAUUAUGGGAUGCGUGACAAGCAAAAAGAAAGAUAUGAUGUCUUCUGUUUCACCUCUAACUACAAAGGACGUUUCUACUACUUGAUACACCCUUCCAAGCUCACGUAUGAUGAGGCAGUACAAGCAUGUCAUAAGGACGGUGCUCAGAUUGCUAAAGUCGGCCAGAUGUACGCCGCGUGGAAGCUACUAGGCUACGACCGCUGCGAUGCGGGCUGGCUGGCAGAUGGCAGCGUGCGCUAUCCGAUCUCACAGCCACGCCGGCGCUGCAGUCCCACGGAGGCUGCGGUACGCUUCUCCGGAUUUCCCGACAAGAAGCACAAACUCUACGGAGUCUACUGCUACAAGAGCGAAAACUGAGACGGUGUACCAACCAUAAAACUCAUGAACUGAAGCAUAAUAAUGAAAGGAGUUAGUUCAAGUGCAUUAAAACUGUGACAAAGUCUCUAGAUACUGUAAUAUGGAAUGAUUUGAAGAUACAGUAUGUGAUUCGUGUUUGUUUGAAGCAAAGGUUUUGUAGGAUUAGGGACCUCAGUUGCCCUCUUCCCUCAAAAUCAAGAGUUCACCAAAAGACGCCAACAGGACAUGAGUAGUAUUCCUAGGAUGCCACAGAAAAUAAAUGUGUUCCAGCAGUGCUGUAAGAAGAGAUAUUUGGCAAGAUAUUGCAGUAGAGAUUCACACUGUGCUUUUCCAUUAAGCAUGCGGUAGCUUGAGGGAUGUGCUAGAAUUGAAUGACAGUAAAGCUUAAACACACUGAAAUGAUACUUCUGGGCACUUCGUUUAUCAUUCAAGAACAUCAUAUCCCAUAUAAAAACAUGGUGGAAAAUACAUUUUCUGUUGGAAUACAAAUCCAAUGGAAGUGCUAAACACCACACAGUCAUGGCACAAUGAAUACAAUGAAUACCCUUUUUCCAUCCUUACAGGGGUGCUAUAAAUAGAUUAUUUUCUACCUAUAAAAACAUACCUUUUUUAAUUUAGUUUGAAAACAUUUUAUGUGUGGACCAAACCGUGUUGAGUCUUACAUAAAUCACAUUGUUAAGAGACAACAACAUUGUUUUAUGUUCUUUUUAAACUUUUGAAAUAUAAAAGUAGAGUGUUUGUAAAUGUAUCUGUUAAUUAUAUUUUCUUGAAAAUAUCUGUUUAUAAAAUGUCUCCCUUAUGACUCAAUGUAAGAACAGUGCACUCUAUCUGCAUACAUGUGAAGAGCUGUACUGUAUUGACCUCAUCACUGUCAAAUGAUCUUUGUUGCCAGAAAGAUGGAAGAAAAAUGUGGUUCAUACCACUGACAUAAUAACAGUUUGUCAAUUUUAAAAGUAAAUCUUUUUUUUUUUCUAGUGCUUGUUUUUCUUAUAUAUUUGUGUUCAAUUAUAUUAUAGACCAGAUGUGAUCAAUUCAUGAAACCUUAAAAAAAAUGUCCUUUUCUUAAGAAGAGGUGUCAAAUGUUAAUACAAAUUAGUUUGCUAGCGGAAUUCAAAUGAAAAGAAAGCACAUGGCCCAGUUUCUAGGUCACAAGAGUAGUUUUAGUCUAUGCAUGUUCAUGUUUACAGAUAUCAAGACUGAAGUGGUCUACAAGACAGCAGUGCUAAUCAUAUUGUGUUACGUAGUUAAUUAAAAACAGCACAAUGUGAAUUAUUUUAUUAUAUUGUAGGAAAAAUAGACUUACUCAAAGAACAGCCAGAAUUGCACAACAAAGUGUGUAGUUGCAUGCUGCAUUCAGAUUUAACUUGUCUAUGAAGCUGUAACCCUAAAUAAUAAUAAAAACAUAAAAACGUGAUAAUUCAUGGCAUUUGGAAACAAACAAUUAAAGCCAGACUGCCAAACUAAGAAGAAAAAAAAAACAAGUUAGCGAUGUAUUUAUUUUUUUCAGAUCAAACAAACAAACAAAAAAACUGACUGUUCUAAAUACUGGAGGUGUUUUAAAAUCCUUGCAUUUAUUCACACUCAUUUCAUUAUUCGUUUUGCUUUAACUCUUCAUGUGCCUUGUAAACAAGAUCUCAGAAUCAAUUUUAGAACUGGAUGCUUAGUCCUGUCAUGCCUUUAUAGACAACUUUAACAUUUUCCACCCUUGUUUUUUUUUUUUUUUUUGUACAUAUACAGUUAAAGGGAUUUGACCUUAUCAAUGUGGAAAAUUAUUUGAACCAAAAAAGUUAAAUAAAUUU